AGCGAGGAGUCGCUUGGAACCCCAAGUCCUUCCUCCCGCCAUGCACAUCAUCCGAUGGCCACGGCUCACCAGCUUCCUCCAUACACUGCCAUGGCGACCAACACGGCUGGCACCAUCGGUGGCAUCGGCGGUGUUCCGCAUCCUCACGUGUACGACCUGGAUAGCCGCGACAUCGCCGGAAUCUCCCAAAUGGUGGCACAGCCCCAGCAGCCCCAGCAGCCCCAGCAGCCCCAGCAGCAGGCACCAGCGGCGGGCUGCAGUCCUCCAAACCACAUUGGCCAUGUCCCAUACGAGCCACAGUACUCGAACGAGCCGUCUCUAAGUUCCAUUCCGUCUCCGACCAAAGACGGCCUGGUCCGCCCCACCUCCGAGACCUCCUACCCUUCGUCUACCAGUGGUGAGGGCAGUGGGUGCUUGGAGAACGCUGCGGGGCCGGCGUCUGGGCCCGUACCAGCUUUCCCCGCCGUGCAGGAAGCAAACGGCAGCCUGGCCGCUGCUGCCGCCUCCGCUGGUGUUGGCGGGGGCGGGGGCAAGGGUGGGGCCCGGGGCGGGGGGGGGGGCGGGGCCCCGAUCUGGCGGCGGCGAAACGCGUUUGUAGAGUGGGCGAACACGAUGCAUCACGAAAUGGUGGUUGAAGAGCAGCCGCCUGGCGGAAGCAGCGCGAGUGGUGGCGCUGGCGGUGGCAGUGGCAACGGUAGCGGCAGUGGUGUCCCUGGCGGAGGUAUGCCUGGACAUGGCAACACGAUGGCAGGCGGGGCAGGCGGCACAGAGCAGCACGCGUCAUCAUCAUCGGGCUACAAUGUUCCCUUGGCGCUUGCGGCGGACACGCUGCCACCGGAGGGUGUGCAGUUCCAGUAUGCGCCGGGCGUCUACAUUACGUUGAAGCCACCGGCACAAAAAGGCGGCCCGGUUCGGCUGGUCAAGGUUCGCUUCAAUCGCAAGAUGUUCACGGAGCAGUCUCAAGGCCAGGCCUGGUGGAACAUGCACAGGGCGACACUGGCGGAGAUGUACGAGCUGACCUUCGACAUGGGGAACAAGUGCUUCUGGCCGAGAGCCUCUGGCGCCGCUGGCGGGGGCGACCUUGCGACGGGUUCAGCGGGGGCCAUGUGGCGUUCUGUCGCGUCAGCGGUAGCUGGCGGCGGCGGUGGCGGUGGUGGCGCCGGCGGCGGCGAUUUCGAUAUGACUUGGACUGAGCUGAACUACGACAGCCAGGCCAUGAUGGUGUUGCCGCCGCCGCCACCUGUGGGGACUAUGGGGGUGGCGGGGUCCCCUGCAAUGCCGCAGCGACGCGACCACUCUCGGAACAGCAGCCGCACGGCCAGCGGCGGCUCAAGCCAUGCAGGCGUAUCGAGGCCGCCCUCGCAGCCGUGCCCAGAGUCACCCGUGUUUGCCUUGCAGCAAUUUGGUUCGGGGGGAAGCGGCUCGGCAGGCGGUGUUGGUGUNGGUGUUGGUGGCGAUGGCGGUGGCGGCGGUGGAGGGCCAUUAUACCCAGCGACUGCUACCGNCCUGGCGACGGCUGCUGCCGCCGCAGCGGCGCAGCCGUACUAUCCCUCUCACCAGCGUGCGCAGUCUGGUGGCGGGUCGUCUGGCAGGUCGUGA